GCGAGGCGAGGGUAGACGGUGCGAGCAGGGCCGGGCAGGGACCUGGCCGGAACCGAGCCGCAGGCUGACCUGAAGACCUGUACCAAGGAGUUGCACAAGAGGAGAAGAUAGAAACUGGAAGCUUUAUGAAUGUGCUGCCUACAGACUUAAGCCUUCUUCAGAGACUCAGAAUGACUUUCCACAAGAGAUGCUUUCUGGAGGGGUUGUGCUGAAGUCAGAGCACUGCACCCUCAAACUGGGACAGCUCCGGCUGGUCUGGAGCUGAGACUAACUUCUCUCCCUUGCUUUUCUCUUGGAGAUGUUGCAGAGAUUUAAUCUGACCUUCUCCUCCUCACCUGAAGCCUGCCGUGGCAAUGAUCCCACAGCCAGAUCCGACCACCAAAGAGAAGAGAGUUGUGUGUUUGAAGCUGGGCCGUUGUUGUAACUGAGCUGGAAUUCAAUCCCUGCUUGUGCUCCUGGAACGAGUGCCGUUCCUCUGCUUGCGUGUGUGUGUUUUGAGCUGCUCCUCCCUGAUCUUGUUUGGAAUUCCUGGCCUUUUCACGCUGAAUUUGCCCAUGGCUUUCCUGAUGAAGAAGAAGAAAUUCAAGUUUCAGACAAGUUUCACUCUUGAAGAGCUGACUGCUGUCCCCUUUGUGAAUGGGGUUCUGUUCUGCAAAAUUAGGCUGCUAGAUGGAGGAGACUUUGCAAGCUUAUCUACCAGAGAGGAAGUUCAGGAGAACUGUGUCCGCUGGAAGAAGAAAUUCACCUUUGUGUGCAAGAUGAGUGCCAACCCAGCCACAGGACUCCUGGACCCCUGCGUCUGCCGAGUGUCCGUCCGCAAGGAGCUGAAGGGCGGAAAAACCUACUCAAAGCUGGGCUUUGCUGAUCUAAAUCUGGCAGAAUUUGCAGGCUCUGGAUCCACUGUCCGUUGCUGCUUGCUGGAGGGAUACGAUACUAAGAACACCCGGCAGGACAACUCCAUCCUGAAGGUCACAAUUGGAAUGUCCCUGCUCUCCGGGGAUCCCUGCUUCAAAACGCCUCCAUCCACCGCCAAAUCCAUCACCAUACCGGGACAGGACUCUACCCUGCAGCUGACCUGUAAGGGCGAGGGAACCACCAGCAGCAGCAGCAGCAGUUCAGCCACAAUUGGCUCUCUGCGGCAGACCAAGCCAAGAACUACCAUUCUCAGCUCGGGUGUCCCAGAAGAACCAGAUCAGAACCUGUCCAGCCCGGAGGAAGUCUUCCACUCGGGGCACUCACGGAACUCCAGCUAUGCCAGCCAGCAGUCCAAGAUCUCUGGUUACAGCACGGAGCACUCCCGCUCCUCCAGCAUGUCCGACCUGACCCACCGCCGGAACACCUCCACCAGCAGCAGUGCGUCCGGAGGCCUGAGCAUGACUGUGGAGUGUCCCGAGGGGGAGCGGGACCACAAGCUGGAGAAGCCACCUCGCCCCCCCAGACCAGCCCUUCUGCUGGACAGACCUUCCCGGAGGAAAAAGGAUUCAGUGGAGAGUCACCCAACCCGAGUGGAUGACACCAGGAUCGAUGCUGAUGAUAUAGUGGAGAAAAUAAUGCAGAGUCAGGACUUCACAGAUGUCAGCAAUACUGAAGACAGUAACCUGAGGUUGUUUGUGAGCAGAGAUGGAACAACUACAUUGAGUGGUAUUCAGCUGGGAAACAGGGUCUCAUCUGGAGUUUACGAGCCAGUGGUGAUUGAAACCCACUAAAUGUGAAGAACAGGGUAGAGCUGCUGGAAACAGGCCCCCUACCCAGUCUGCUGCCACAUGGAUGCCAACCUUUACCUCUCAUCAUGCAGCAUUCCAGAAGGGAUUUCUCCAUGCCCCUCCCCAUACGUUUGCACUGCAGAACUACUCUGAGACCACUCCAGAUCAUGCACUUUCCCUGUGUUGGCAUUUCCCUUCUCUGCUUCCCAGUUCUUCCAGUGCCUGCCUUCCCCUGUUUCUGAUCAGACACAAGGUGUCCUAGAGGGUGUUGCUCAUCUGCAUCCCACAUUCCACCCAUUCACUUGCAACAGGGGACUUCUCAGCUUCUAUCUCCCCAAAACAUUGGGUUAUACCACUGUGAACUCUUCAGACCACUGGGGGAGGGGGAAACCAUUCUAACCAAACCGAGAGCUGCUUGUUGGUGACAGUGAAAUGGCCACUUGCAGGAUGCUUUAUCCCAUUGACUCUGCAAGGGAGUAUCACCUUCCAAGGCAGCGGUUUAACUGAACAAGGUAUGCUAUGGUGUGCACUUCACCUUCCUCACCCUCAAAUCCCCAAAUAUCCUCUUCUCAUAGGAAAUAGCUCCCAAAAGUGUGUUGCAGAAAACUACCCCAAUGCAGAUGGGAGCUGACCAAUGGUUAAAUGCUAGUGCUGUUCUACCACUAACUGCAUUAUGCCCUUCCACUGCUGGGCAUGGAAGGGCACUGUUCAUCUAUUAGCAUUAGCAGGAGCACUUUAGAGGUUCCAGAGGACUCUGGAAGAGGCUUCUACUUGCUGUUCCAGAAGUGUUAUCCCUGUUUGCUGGACUGAUUCAGCAAAUAGUCACUGUUGGAGCUUGGAAUACAAAGCCUCUUUAUUUUUUUGCUUGGCUGGGUGUUUUCUGGCUCAGGAAGGGAACUGCCCUUCUUGAACUGUGAAAGAAUCUGGUUAACUGAUAGCCCUCCCCUGGGCCAGAGCAGGAUGCAGUUGACUGUGGUGGUCUUUCUGUUGUGGUGAUGGUUAACAAUUGCCUCUCUUGGCCUGGGCCAGUAAGGGGACUGGUGUUGGCUGGCCUUUCUUGCCCUGUCAGCAGGGAUCUGUGCCUGAGCUGAUUGCUUCUGAGGCUGGGGAGAAGCCACUGUCCCUGCCUUCAAAGGUAGAAUGGGUGUUUUCUGGUGCAUUAGCCACAGCAGCUGCUCUUACCUGCUCCGUGGCAAGUGAACUCUUCUGACAAGGCUUCAAACUGUUUUCUGGUUGAUCUUUCAAUUGUUCUUCUUUGGGUUUGGUUUCUGCAGCUGUUUGAUGACAUUUCAGCUGCCUCUUCUUUGCAGUGUGUGGCAGAGAUGUCAGCCCCUUUCAGCUCCCACUUAGAGAUUCCCCGGGCAGCUGAGUUUCAAACAAGGAUCUAGGCAGAGUCCUGCCGUGGGCCGUCAGCAGGCUGUCCUUGCAGCCCUUCCUGUACAGAGACUCUCAGCCAAUAAGCUACUUCUGUGGAGUGCCCUUUCCUCUUUUGCCAGCGUACUGUAGUAGCACUCAGUGGCCAAGCACUCGGAGCAGUGCCCCUGGGCAUGGCUGGGAACUGCCCACGUCUGUGGGCACAGGCACACACUCAGCAAGGAAAGGACUUGUAACUGAUCACAUUGUUGUUCAAAGUCUUAGUUAUUGUAAAGCCUUUUUCAAAGGAGAGGAGGGGAAAAAAGAAGGAUUGACUGUGGACUCUGUGGCCAGAAUGCAUGCAGAUGAGCUACUGGAAAAGGGAACUGGGCAGAAUGAGACACAAGGAAUGAAAGGGCUGUGAUUUAUGUAUUUUAUUUCUUGCCCUGCUAACCAGUGAUGGCUGCAUGGGGAGAGUGCUAGGCAGUGUGGCAAAGCUAUACAGCUGCUUCCAUUGUUUUGAUGGUUUCCCUCUUCGAGUCAAGAGGUUUCUUUCUGUAUUUGGACAGACCAGCUGUAGGUUACAGAUGAUUUUCACUCUUUCCCUUUAAAGGGAAUUAAAGUUGGAUUAUGGUAAGAAGGGGGUACAGACAACACCUUUCUUUGGCUUAGUGUCAGGGAAAAAGUAUUGGGUCUUUUGAGUUAGUCUAGAACAAAAGCUCUUUCACACUUGCUGGUGUUUUUUUAAUGGUGGUCUCUUCUAAAUUCAGUCUGGGUAGGUUUGGCACUCGCCAGCAGGCUGGUCAGCAUCCUGCCCUGUUCCUGGGAUGCUGCAUGUCUGCAGGAAGGGGAGAACUGCUUGCUUUUCUCUCUCCCUGGGGUUCUGCCAGAAAGCCAGGCCUGGCUUGACCCUCUGCUCAGGUCAGGGUGAGCGCAGAAGCAGGCUCAGACAGCAGUGGGCAUCCCUGCCCUGACUGUGGAUGGCCAUGCAGAGUUGAGGGUCAGGCUGUUCCCCAGUACAGAGCGCCUGCAGCUCCCUGGGGGCCAGUGAAGACCCUCAGGAAAUUAGGUCCAACCAGGACUUGAAAGGAGCAAAAAAUAAGCCAGGAAAGAGGCCAAAACCCAGCUCACUACUUCUACUUUGCUUCUGUUCCCAUGAAAAACAAUGACAGUCACUGUCAGAGCUGUUGGGAACUCGAGGCUUACUUCUGGGCCCCUAUUGGCAAGAGUCAGCUGCUUCAAGGCGCUGGCAGCUCAGCAUGUCACGAAAUCCCUAGUGGGCCAAGGGAGGAAUCUCUUCCCAGCAAAGCAAGAGAAGCACUUGAGCUUUUCAGAGGGCUGGUCUCAUCUUCCCAGGCUGGCAGAGGUGUAGCCUGCUCCAUCACAUAGCUGUGGCCUACCUGGGCAUGUCUCUGGCUUCUCUUCUGGUGUCUUAGCACAUCACUGCUUGUGUUUUCAAUAACUCUGUCCCAUAGGAUAUCUCUUCCUUGUCUCCACAUUAUUGAUUCCACAGAUCCUGAUCUUUAUGUAGCCUUUUAGCUCUCCUACUCCUCGUUGUGAACAAGAAGGUAGCCCUGGCUUUUCAGCCUGGUGCAGCACAGCCAGGGCUGUAGCACCCAGACACAGCAGAUCCAGAGGGAGGAAGGAGCUGUCUGCUCCCAUUUCAAAAUCCCAGGCAGAGCCCUGCUGCUCGUCCAUCAUGAGCGGUGCCCAGCAGUCACUGGCCAGUGCUGGGCAUGGGAGGUGGUGGUGAUGGAGGUGGGGUGGCUUGUCCUGCAGACUGGCUGCCAUCUCUCAGGCAGCUGCAUCUCACAAGCACUUUUUCCCUUGUGGCAUCGCUGCCCUCUCUGUUCCUUGUUGGACUUUGAGCCUUUGAGAAGUGAAUCAGUUUCCAGACCCAAACUGCUGGCUACUUUCCUUCGGGGUUUCUUCUUUUCUCUUUUUUCCCCUCUUCUGUUGUGAAGUUUAUUGAGUAUUUUUUGUUGCUUUUGUUUUUGUUAUAAACCCAGCAGGCUGGUGUUGUUUUGACUUCAUUAUUGUUUCAUUGAUGUUUUAUUCCUGGG